GUUCAGUACUUGAGUAAAUGUACUUUGUUACUUUCCACCACUGCAUUUGAAGACCAUAAAUCCCACAUCCUCAGUCCAUUUUAUAGUUUGAGUGUCCAUGUUAUGAGGCAUGAGCACUGUUAUUAGCUGUUAGUGUUAUUAUUUGUCAUGAAGGAUACAACAAUAACAGGAAAACCAGUAGAUUUAGAGGUUUACUGAUGUUAUUCCUCGUUUGGACCUCAGCAGCAGUGGGGGUGGUAAUGAGCUGAUCUGGAGCAUUAAGAAGAACCCCGUGAUCAAUAUUUACGGAAGUGUAGCCUCACUAUGAACUGGAAGAAGCGCAUAGUCAUUUCUUCCUUUUUUUAACCUCAUGUUAAUAUGAAGAUAGGCUAAUUCUUCAAACAACGCGGGUAGUCACAUGACUCUAGGAUAAAAGUCUACUAACGACUUUUCUUUAGAGGGAUGUUUUGUAGCAUGUUAGCUAGUAGCAAACGUUAGCAGGGACGUUUGACACAACAUAGCUAGCUUUGACUCGGUGGGAUUGCUGAGACGACAUUCACUUCCCUUCCUGCCAAAUGGUAGUCAUGUUGUCACUCCGGGUGUAUUUGGAGGUCGCAUGAAGGUUUUGCAGACGGUGUUUCGUCAGUUUCUUUUUUUCUUUCGGUGCGGUGUCUGGAAACGUUAACUGGAAGCUAACCGCUAGUUAGCCGAACGUUAGCACCAUGGGAGCCGAGCAGAGUGGAGAUGCGGAGAACAAACACUCCGAUUACGGCUCGUCAGUCGUUCCCUCUCCAGCAAAGCAGAAGGCAAAAAUGGAUGAUAUUGUGGUUGUGGCCCAGGGGACCCAGUCAAUGCGAAAUAUCCACAACGACCCAGAUGUCAUAAAGCUUCAAGAGAUACCCACCUUUCAGCCGCUUUUGAAAGGAGUGCUGAGUGGCCAGACGUCACCCAGCAGCGUGUGUCUGGAAAGGCUGGAUGCUGCCCAGGUUCUGCAGCUCUGCGUCCGAUACCAGGACCACCUACACCAGUGUGCCGAGGCCGUAGCCUUCGACCAGAACGCCCUAGUCAAGAGAAUCAAAGAAAUGGACUUGUCAGUGGAAACCUUGUUCAGCAUAAUGCAGGAACGGCAGAAACGCUAUGCCAAGUACGCAGAGCAGAUCCAGAAGGUCAAUGAGAUGUCCAUGAUCCUGAGACGCAUCCAGAUGGGUAUCGACCAGACGGUGCCGCUGAUGGAGCGACUCAACAACAUGCUGCCUGAGAGCGAGCGCCUGGAACCCUUCAGCAUGAGGCCCGACGGGGAUUCUGCCACCAAGUAGCCUCCUUUAAAGCCAACAUUGCUACUUGCUACUCGAGUCUCCAUCCGUCCUCAGUCCAGGAGGAAGUGCAGUUCUGUCCAGCUGUAGGAAUUCUAAGCUUUUUAAAUGGGUGAAAGAAUUUUACCCAUUUCAUUUUCAUAGUAGAGGAGGAGCUCAGCUUUAAUGUCCGAGUCUGCUCCACUCAGCUCUCCAGCUCACGAUAGCUUCUUUUUAUUAUUUUACUUAGUGCAGGAAGGUUUGCUGAACACAUCCUACUUACUACAGCACUUCUACUCGGCACUCACACGUUCAUACCUGAGUCCAACCACAUUUUUCUGCUACUGGCCACUCACCAGCUCUACUGGAGCAGUUGCACAUUUCAGAAAUGCUGCGUUCAAAUGAACCCUAACUGUACAAACAGCAGGCAUGGAGAUUAUUACUAAUCAUUUCCCUGCAGGCAAUAAAUUGGCAAUCUUCCAGGCACAGGCCAUCUUUGAUAAUCUAAAGGCAGGAGAGGAACAGACAUGUUUGUUUGAGAAUGAACUCUAAAUGCUCCAAAAACAUGUCCUGGGCAUGUGUUGCAGGUUUUUAGAGAUCUCAGAAUUUUUCCUGCUGCUCUGGAAAUUUGCUUCUACCUGCCAAAAUAUCUUAAACCACUUGAGAACUUCCAGUGGAUUGAUUUUGGAUCUU